AUGACGGCCUGCAACGACCCGCCUUUGGCUAACGGCGGCGUCAACGGCUCGUCUCAUGCAACCAAGGUCAACGGUCAAUGCAGGCAUGUUGACAUCUGGAAGAGGGCGCCCGUCCUCACCGGUACUACCAAGUUUGAACCUCGUCCUGAUGUCAGAAACAUCAUGAUCACAGGCGGCGCUGGCUUUAUUGCUUGCUGGGUCGUCCGCCACCUUGUGCUUGCAUACCCACAUGCAUACAAUAUUGUCUCAUUCGACAAGCUAGAUUACUGCUCUACGCUCAACAACACUCGCGUGCUCAAUGACAAGCCCAACUUCAACUUCUAUCAUGGCGAUAUUACUAAUCCCACCGAGGUUGUUGAUUGUAUGGAGCGUUAUAGCAUUGACACAGUCCUGCACUUUGCUGCACAAUCUCAUGUCGACUUGAGCUUUGGCCAGUCAUAUGACUUUACUUACACCAACGUUUAUGGAACUCAUGUUUUACUUGAGAGCGCGAGAAAGGUCGGCAUCCGGCGUUUCAUCUACGUGUCGACUGAUGAAGUUUACGGCGAGGUCGAAGAGGGCGAAGAUGGUCUGCUUGAGACCAGUUCUCUUGCCCCUACGAAUCCGUAUGCUGCUAGCAAGGCAGCUGCAGAGAUGUUGGUUCAGUCAUACCAAAAGAGCUUCAAGCUGCCGGCCAUAAUUGUGCGCAGCAACAAUGUUUAUGGACCUCAUCAGUAUCCAGAGAAAAUUAUUCCCAAGUUUACCUGCCUCCUCAACCGCAGAAGGCCGCUCGUCCUGCAUGGAGACGGCACUCCCACUCGACGGUACCUGUACGCUGGCGAUGCGGCUGAUGCUUUUGAUACCAUUCUCCACAAGGGACAAGUCGGACAGGUGUAUAACAUCGGCUCAUGCGAUGAGGUUUCCAACCUCGAGCUCUGCGGGUUGCUUCUUGACCGAAUGAGCAUCCCACACGACACCCCCGAGCAGCUCCGCAAGUGGAUCAAGCACACGCGGGACCGGCCAUUCAACGACCGGCGGUAUGCAGUGGAUGACACCAAACUGCGCCGGCUUGGCUGGGAGCAGAAGAUUUCUAUCCAUGAGGGGCUCAAGAUAACAGUAGACUGGUUCACCCAGUUCGGCGAGUCGUGGUGGGGGGACAUUAGCCAUGCCCUCGCCCCAUUCCCCAUGGUGAGUGACGGCAAGAUGAUGACAAACGAUGCAUGUUGGACGAGAGAUGAGCCACCCAAGGCGCAAGAUACGAAGCUACAAGACGUACAGCAAGACGUGCAGAAGAAGGAGGACUUGAACGGAUGCCGUGAUAGGGUCCAGAAUGGGGAUGAGACGACAAGUUUCCACAGAGGGGUGCAUAAUGGCGGCGGGGAAUUUCAUAUGGCUGCUUAA